GAACUCAGUCUAAUGCCUGGGGAGGUAACUCUAAAUGACAAACAUACACUUUUAGGUCAUUUUCAGUCUCAGAAUGGUUGCUGGUGCCUUCCCUUUGGUAAAACUCGGAUCUCUUGUAAUCAAACAGGCCAGCAAGCCUGUCGCUAACGCCAUGAAGAGGAGAGCGAAAAGCAGUCCGUUUUUUAAGAAAUAUGUAUGCAUGCCACCAGCCCAGAUUUACCACUGGUUUGAGGUCAACUUCCGCCUCAACCUCAUGGGACUUGGUCGAGCCAAGCACGUGGACAAGCUAAGUGACGAGAUGGCAACAGAGCUCGGUGCCGAGAUGUUAGGAGAGUUCAUCAUCUUCUCCAUCGCUGUGGGUACGUUGAUGUAUGAAUACAACAGGUCUGCUACAAAGGAGGAGAUCAAGGAGGAGAGAGAGAGACAAAAAACUUCUGUCAUUAGAGAAAAAAAUACAAUAUUUAGGUCUGGAAACAGAAAUGCAAGGUACCAAGAUACGUGAACUCGAGCGGACUGUUAGUGACCUGAACACAAGAAACCUCAGUCUUACAGCCAGAAUAUUUGGAACAGGGAAGACAUAGCUGGAGCUGCUUGUUUUCAUAUAUAUUGUGUGAAGUACAGGAAAUGUGAGAAUUUGUCUGUAGUAAUAUAAUUCUAUUUGCCAGAUCGGCGAUGAGACCUGCUUGAAAAAGUUUGAAUGAGAAGAAAUUUCAAACCAGGCGUGUUUCGUAACAAACUUGUGCAAUCUGAAAACAAAAUUUGGUACCUUUUUACUAUUUCAGCAAAUUUUAUAUGACACUCUUUCUGAAGUUUAGAGCUAUCUAAGUGAAGUAUGUUAGGGAAAUAGCAUAUUUACAAUAUCUCAAUAAUAAUACAAUGUUUGAAGAUAAUGUGGUAGUAGUACAAAUAGUUUGUAGCAACUGCUUUUUCUUAAAUAAUCAAAUUUGUAUGAAUACACUGUUGUGUGUAUAUGUAAUGUUGUUGUGUUGUAGAAAUGAUUGAGAUGUUUUACAGCAAAUGAUUGAAAUGCUAGUGUGAUAUCAAGUACAGUCAUGUUUGGACUGUAAACAUGGCAGGGUUGUUGGAGAAGUUUCGGAAUAUGACAGUUCCUGUAAGUCUGUAAAUGAGGACUGUGUCUCCACCAUGGCAAGCCCCAUCUUAAGUCAGAAGCAGCAGGAUAUAGACAAUCAGUUGAUGAACAUGUUGCUGCUAACAAGCCCAUCUUGUUGUAUUUGUUUCAAAUUUGAAACUUUACAAAAGUUUUCAUAUGAAUAAUGUGGCUGGAAAUCUUGGAAAUAAAACAAAAGGACUAAUUUUCCAUAGCCUCUGGUAGUGACAGUUGUAACCUGGAGUCCACAUAGGCUGACGAAAGACUGUGCUUACAGUGAUGGGUGAUUGUAAUAAGUGAAUUUUAAAAUAUUGGUCACAAAAUUCAAAACCAGAUCAACACAGGACCAAUGAGAAUAAAAGAGUGGACCUUU